AUGGGAAGGAUAGGACAUGCUCUUGUUACUGCAAAGCCAAGAUGUUUGUUUUCCCUUGCUUAUGGACCUUCCGAACUGAACCCAUUCUUAAAAGGAUUCCAAAUUCACAUGGGCAAAUCCUACUUGCCAUUCUCUGAUCUCCUAGAGAAAAGAGACCAAAUUGCCAUUGCAACUGCACUUUCGCUUUCUGCAGAUUUGAAAUCAUUGUCUCUCGGUGACCAAAUCCAUUCUCAUGUCAUCAAGUUGGGAUUUUCUAAUGACAUUUUCUCACAGAAUAAUUUGAUUAAGACGUAUUUCAAAGUUGGAGUUUUGUCAUAUGGCUGUAAGGUGUUUGAGGAGAUGGCUAAAAAGAAUCUAGUGUCAUGGACUAUAGUGAUUUCAGGUGCAAUUCAAAAUAGUGAUUUUGAAUUUGGUUUAAACAUAUUUGUGGAAAUGUUACGAGCUGGGCUGAGGCCAAACGAGUUUGCUCUUGGCAGUGUGAUGAAGGCAUGUGCUACUCUGGGAGUGCGCAUGCUUGUUAUAGCCGUUCACUGUUCUGCUUUAAAAAUUGGGUUGGAUCAGAACCCAUUUGUAAGUACAUCAAUUCUUAACAUGUAUGUUGAGUUGAGAGAUAUUGAAUCUGCUGAGUUGGUUUUUGAUAUCAUGAAAGACCUAGACGCUGGUUGUUGGAAUGCCAUGAUUGGAGGAUAUAUCAAAUGUAAAUGUGACUUUAAAGCCUUGCAAUUGUUGACAUUGAUGCCAUAUGUAGGUGUGAAAAUGGACAAAUAUACCUUUAUAAGUGCUCUCAAGGGAUGUUCAACCAUGGGAGCUUUGCAAUGCGUAAAACAAAUUCAUGGAUUUAUUAUUCAAAGUAAGGUGGAGUGUAUUACUUCAGUAAUGAAUGCUCUUGUGGAUGUGUAUUUCAAAAGUGGUGACAAGGACUCUGCUUUGAGGGUUUUCAGUCGGAUUCAGGACAAAGACAUCAUCUCGUGGAAUACUGCAUUUUCAGGCUUUUCUCAGAAUGGAAAUGCAAGAGACCUUGUUACAUUAUAUCAUAAUCUAAUGAUACUAGGUGGCAAACCAAAUAAUGUCACUUUUUCUGGAUUGCUUAGAAAAUGUGGGUACUUACAUAAUCUUGGUCUUGGGCUUCAGUUCUAUUGUGCUUCCCUGCAUUUUGGACUAUUUGAUGAAGUCAGCAUCAUAAAUUCAGCAAUCAGUAUGUUCUCUAGAUGUGGGAAAAUGGAUAUGGCAUGCACUGCAUUCUACACUGCACCUUGUUUGAACAUAAAUACUUGGAAUGAGUUGAUUUCUGGAUAUAUUAUAAACGGCUUCUAUGAAGAAGGAAUCAAAGACUUCAAUAAUCUGCGAGAAUUGGGUUUUGAAGCAGAUGAAUACACCUACUCAAACACUCUAGAAGCUUGUUGUAGAUCUGAAAGCCAAGAGAUUGGCAGACAGCUUCACUGUGACCUCCUUAAAUCUGGAUUCCAUUCGCAUGACUAUAUUUGUAGUUUAUUAAUUAAAUGUUAUAGUACCUUUGGGCUACUAGAUGAUUGCUACCCGUUCUUCAAUGAACCUGAGAAGUUAGAUUUGGUUUCUUGGGGAACCAUGAUUUCUUCACUGGUUCAUCAAGGCCUUAAUCAUGAAGCAUUCAAAUUCUUGCAACUGCUUAUGAAAGCUGGUGAAAGUCCUGAUGAUUUUAUUUUGGCCAGUAUUUUAAAUAACUGUGCUAGUGUUGCAGCUUAUCGACAGGCGAAAUCUUUUCAUGCUUUAGUUAUAAAAUUGGGAUGCUGUGUGUAUCCAUUUGUUGCAAGUGCUCUUAUUGAUGCCUAUGCAAAAUGCUCAGACAUAGAGAAUGCAAGAGUGGCUUUUGACCAGUCUCUCAAUUUGCUUGAUGUUGUUAUAUAUAAUGCCAUGAUCAUGGCUUAUGCACACCAAGGUCUUGUUGUUGAAGCUAUGGAUAUCUUUGAGAAGAUGAAAUCAGCUAACGUACAUCCUAGCCAAGCCACAUUCAUCUCGUUGAUAUCAGCUUGCAGUCAUAAUGGUCUUAUCCAUGUAGGUUGUUCUCUCUUUCAAUCAAUGAGUUUAGAUUAUGGCUUGAGACCAUCUCCUGAAAUUUAUGGUUGUUUGGUUGAUAUGCUUUCGAGAAAUGGUUACCUUGAAGAUGCUAAAUUGGUAAUAGAAGCAAUGCCAUUUACUACUUGGCCAGCUAUUUGGAGAACCUUACUCAGCGGUUGUAGGAUAUAUGAAAAUAGAGCAUUGGGGGAAUGGGCUGCUGGGAGGUUACUUCAAUUAUUUCCUGAAAGUGAGGCAGGUUAUGUACUGUUAGGAAAGGUUUACUCUGAAAGUGGUAGUUGGGAGGAUGCUGCGAACUUGAGGAGGAAAAUGACUGACAGAGGUGUUGCAAAAGGUCUAGCAUAUAGUUGGAUCGAGACAUAA